AGGCAUUUCAUUUAGUCAUUCUAUGUUCCUAAUGACGACAUCAUUGAUAUUGCCUCAUCUCAUCCGUCAUCCUCACCAACGUUCUCAUCUCCUUCGGGUCCUAGGCCUAAAUUCCCGAGUUCUGCUAAUGACACUAUGAAUGCAUCAGGAGAAAUCAGCCUCCAAUUAAUAAAUAUUCAAUUGAUGUAAUGGCACUGACUUGAUACCUCUUGGCAGCUUUUAGCUUGAAUCGAGGAUAUCGAUCAUUGAUGAGUCGGAGUCUAUUUAAAUCAAAGCUUUGCUUAUCCCCUCAGGCUGCGGAACGACAUACGGCAUCGUACUUGCCAUUAUUUCAUAUUCAGCGACGACCUUCUCAUGCCUUCCGAAUUUCUGAUUUACAUAAAGAGUCCUGCUGAAAGUCACUUGAUGUUUUAUUCUCUCGUCAAAGUCAAUGACACUCCUUCCUGGCCUGUUUUUCGCAGUAAUCUCAGGCCUCAUUGGCCUCUCCGCGUCCACAGAGCUGCGGAGAGCUGACUAUACUGCGACUUGCCAGGAGAUCGCUACCGCUGUCUCCUCUGCGUCCAAAGUGUAUUACAACGGGUCGCCCCAAUAUACCGAGGAUAACGAGCAUUGGGCUUCUUCCAGUUCUCAAACUUCUGCAUGCUCCUUUGAGCCCGCGAACGCUCAGGACGUCGGAAUCGCUCUCCAAUUAUUGGCCAAGGACCAGACCCCAUUUGCAGUCAAAAGCGGUGGUCAUUCAGCGAAUCCAGGGUUUUCGUCGACCCCUGGAGUCCAAAUUGCUUUGUUUUCAUUUUCAGAAGUCGUAUACGACUCGAAUGCCCAGACAGCGACUAUUGGCAUAGGGUUAAUUUGGGAUGAUGUCUAUUCCAAGCUCGAACAAUACGGCGUGACUGUCGUAGGAGCGAAGACUACUGGCGUUGGGAUCGGCGGCAUCGUCCUUGGAGGAGGAUAUUCAUAUCUCAGCAAUCAGUACGGUUUGUCGGUUGACAAUGUCGUAGCGUUUGAGCUUGUAAUGCCUAAUGGCACGGUCGCGAAUAUUACAAAUUCUUCGAAUCCAGAUCUAUUCUAUGGCCUUCGGGGAGGAUUCAACAAUUUUGGAAUUGUUACCACAGUGACUAUGAAAACAUACGCCCAGUCUCAAGUCUGGGGUGGGCUUAUAACGUACACGGCGGAUCAAUGGGAUGCAGUCAAUACGGCCAUAGCUAAUUAUGUGUCGACGGUCACCGAUCCCAAAGCCUGUCUGUACAGUACAACCGACUACGCGUCUGGGGUGACAGUGAUAUUGACCAUUCUAUUUUAUGAUGCGCCAACUUACCCUGAUGGCAUCUUCGAUGAAUUAUUGGCAAUCCCACACUCUGUUGAGGACAUCUCGACGAGGGCUUAUUUGGACCUUAUUCAGACUUUACCCGCGAAUGCCUCAUCGGGCCUAAGGGCUAUGUUCCACUGGGUGCCUAUUGAGCAAUUCACGUCGUCUAUGCUACAGAUGGUCAAGAAUCAGACGCUGUUUUAUGGCGAGCAGUUGUCGCAAUCAAGCGGAGUUUUGAUCUCAUACGAUCUCGUCCCUCUCCUUCCCUCAAUCUACAGUCACUCCGAUACACCGGCUGCUUUCCCUUCUUUACGGGAUUCAGGACAGGGGUACUCGUUUAUUGAGGUGUAUUAUGGGUGGACGGAUCCGAACGAUGAUGAGGUAAUGCUCCAGGUUGGCGCAGAGAGUGCUGCCUACAUGAAGCAGUUUGCCGUGGACGCUGGUCAGGACGUUGCGAAUGCACUGUUAUACCCUAAUUGUGCGCCUCCUGGCACGGCUUUGACGGAUAUGUAUGGGGAUGCUGCAUCCACUCUGCAUUCUAUUAGGAGUGCCGUGGAUCCAGGUAAUGUGAUGGGACUCACGGGAGGAUGGAGAUUCUAGCUGGACUGUUGGAUAUCUGAGGACCAUUUCAAUAAUUAUACAGUACUGGACGUUUACUAAGAUAUGUAAAUGCUUUGAUAGAUGACAGAUGCUGACAUGUUUCUGUAUU